UCUGAGUUGUACUUCACCAGCAAAUUGCCAAGAUGUCCAAGGUAGCCAAAUACAGAAGGCAAGUCAGUGAAGAUCCAGACAUUGACAACUUAUUGUCGACUCUGUCUCCGGAGGAGAUGGAAGAGCUAGAAAAAGAGCUGGAUGCAUCUGACACGGACGGAAGCCUUCCUUUGGGGCUCGGGCAGAAAGACCAAACUGACAAGCAAACGAGUGGGAAGUACAACCGGGAAAAAGAGCCCAAGAAGUCUUUUCAGAAGGAAAAGACAGCAGAUGAAGAGAAGCCAGUGGAGAAGAAGAAAGAAGGAAAGAUUCUUGAAGAAAAACAUAAGGAUAUUCAGGGCAAAGACGUGAGAAGAAACAAAACUUCUGACCUAGCAAAAGAAUGUAAAAAAGAAGAAAACAUCCAAAAGGCAAAUAAAAAAGCAAAGGAUGAACCCGACAGUACUAAGAAAACUGGACAGAUCAAAGAAGAGAAGUCCUCCAAGGAGGAAAAGAAGGUCUCAAAGGAGAAAAACAAAUCAGAGGACAAAAAUUCAACUGCCAAAGUGAGAGGGGAAGAAAAGAAUAAAGCGCCAAAAAACAAACUAGCUGACGACAAAGGGAAAGAGGAGAAGACUUCCGAUUUAAAGAGAGGCACUGAGAAGAGAGAAGAUAAAAAAGAAACAGAGAGAAUAGGAGAUAAAAGUUCAACUUGCAAGCAAGGUUCGAAGACAGGAAGUGAAGAGAAAUCACCCAAAGACAGCAAAGGAGCCUCAGAGGGGAAAAGCUCUAAACCAAGCGAGGAGAAAUUACCGAGAGAUGGCAAAGGCACCUUAGAUGAGAAGAGCUCUAAACAAGAGCAAGAGACAGUAAAGGAGGCGACUCCUGACAGCAGCUCCCCUAAAUCCGUAGACACUUCUUCCAACCAGAACAAGGAAGAGGAAGCCACCAGUAUCUUUGAUGAGCCACUGGAAAAGGUGAAGAACAACGAUCCAGAGCUGACAGAGGUCAAUGUCAAUAACUCUGACUGUAUCAACAAUGAGAUCCUGGUGCGCUUUGCCGAAGCCUUAGAAUUCAACACUGUAGUCAAGGUGUUCGCAUUGACCAACACCCGUGCUGAUGAUCACGUUGCCUUUGCCAUAGCCAUAAUGCUGAAGUCAAACAAGACUCUGGUCAGCAUAAAUCUAGACUCUAAUUACAUAACAGGCAAAGGGAUCCUUGCAAUCUUCCGCGCCCUGCUGCAGAACAAUACGCUGACAGAGCUGCGCUUUCACAACCAGAGGCACAUUUGUGGGGGGAAAACUGAGAUGGAGAUCGCCAAGCUGCUGAAAGAAAACACCACCCUGCUGAAGCUGGGUUACCACUUUGAGCUAGCAGGACCCCGCAUGACAGUCACCAACCUCCUGAGCAGGAACAUGGACAAGCAACGACAGAAACGGAUGCAGGAGCAGAAGCAGGCUCAAGAAAAGGGGGAGAAGAAGGAUUUCCUGGAGGUGCCAAAGGUCGGAGGCCUGCCAGCUACCUCGCCUAAGGCUUCUCCAAAGCCAUCCCCUAAAACGUCCCCCUGGUCUUCUCCCAAACCUUCUCCUAAAAAAGCGGGAGCCCCGGAUGCACCUCCCCCACCUCCACCCCCUCUGGCCCCUCCUCUGGCCCCUCCCUUGAUCAAUGAAGACUUAAGGAAGUCUCUUUCCCCAGCAACUCAGAGGAAGAUGGUAGAAAAAGCUCUUCCGCCACAAGAGAAGAACUCCCGGGAUCAGCUUCUGGCUGCCAUUCGCUCCAGCAACCUCAAAAAGCUGAAGAAGGCAAGUGUGAAGCAGGAGCCAGUGAAGGAAAAGCCAGUAGUUGUGAAGGCAGAGCCAGCCUACCCCCUUCCCAUUGAGGCAACCCAGCAGCAUACUGAACUCUCGCUCAGUGAGCUUGGGGGAUGGCAGGAGGCCCUGGGUUCGGAUUAUGCCAGCAUCACAUUUGACCAGGAGUCUCCACAUGGUCGCCUGAAUGAUUGUCAUAUGGGAGAUGCGGCACCUCCUCCGACAGUGCCAAUUCAGGAAGGGCUGUCAGAAAUCAGUCAUCUUAGCCUAGCAGAGAGACGGAUUGUCCAGGCUAAUGAGCAGCUGGUAUGGGAGCUGCGUGCCUUCCGGCAGGAGUAUGCUGAAAGCCACGCAGAAACUGCCUCCAUCUUGCACAGCAUUGCUGAAGCCCUGAGUGGUGUUCUCUGCAGCCCUUCUGAGAUCCGGGAUCUCUACCUCCGCCAGCAGGUGGUGCCCAAGCAAUGA